AUGCCGCCCAUCAUCCACUGCGUCCGCCACGCUCAGGGCCUUCACAACCUCUGCACUGAAAACCACGUCAUCCCCGAUCCCCUCCUCACUGAUCUCGGAAAUACGCAAUGCGAAAAACUAAGAGACAGCUUCCCCCGUCAUGAUAAAAUCGACCUUGUCGUUGCCUCGCCGCUUCGCCGAACCAUGUACACGGCCCUGCAGAGCUUCGAGCCCGUCUUUAAAGCCAACCCGAACAUGAAAUUGAUCUUGCUGCCGGAUAUCCAGGAGACGAGUGAUGUUCCUUGCGAUACGGGUACCGAUCCGGCGCUGCUACAAAAAGAGAUUGAUGAGAAGGGACUGCCUGUUGAUGCUAGCCUAGUACAUGACGGGUGGAAUGACAAGACCAGCGGCCGCUACGCACCCACUAACCACGCGAUUGGAAACCGUGCGCGCGAUGCCCGACGCUGGCUAAAGGCCCGACCGGAGAAAGAGAUUGUCAUGGUUUCGCAUGGCGGUGUUUUACACUACUUUUCUGAGGAUUGGGAAGACAGCAGCCAAUACCAGGGAACCGGCUGGCUAAACACGGAAUACCGCACAUACACCUUCUCAGACAAGAUCGAUCUUGACGACUUAGAAGGCAACAAGCUCAACGAGGACAACGCUACAUUAGUGGAGACUAUCGAAUCGCGCACUCGCCGCGGGAAAGAAGGGCCCAUGGCUGAUCGUGAGCAGCAAAAAGUCUACUAUAGACAAGGCGUGCAGGGCUGGGAUGACCAAGGACUGCAGCUUAGCACAGCCGAUCGGGAGGCUGCCAAGGUACCACAGGGGAAGGAGGUAGAUGGUGUGAGAGUAUAG